AGGCGCUAACUCUCAUCCUCCUCUCGCAUCCUGUGAGUUGUGAGUGAGUGAGUGAGUCGAAAAGGGGUAGGUGGUUUUCCCCUUUCCAUCCUCCCACAUUUCUUACCCCAAAAUCAAAUACGAAUACUAGGGUUUGUUAACGCUCGUACGGAUCAAUACAAUUCACGGAUCACAGAUCAUAGCUCUCGCCGCCGCUUUUGUUUCGCGCUAUUCUUCAAUCUAGGAAAGCUUCUGUAAAAUGGAUAGUCUUUGGCAAUUGGGAGAUGAGUUCCGCGGACAGUCCAAGGUCUCAGAGGAUCACCAAUGGUCUGUUAUUACUUCUAAACUGGCAGAGAUGACCAGAUCAAAGGGUGAGCGUAUCAACAACUUUGAUCACCCAAGGAACAUCAUUGAGACCAAACCAUGGGAGAAGUUGGGGCUCCAAGAAGAUGGUAACUUUGAAAACCUGAGUCUUGGUCUGAUGAACAUGGAUCUGAAGUUGAACGAGGCUGCAACAAAGGUUUCGUUGAGAAAUAGUGCGUACAACUUGAAUUCUAUGUACCAAAAACCCAAUGUUAACUAUGCAAACAACUUUAAAAUGAAUAUUGGAAUCACGAAGUACGCAAAUAGCAUUUUAGUCAAGGACACCAGCAAUAAUAACAACAUCAGUGCCAACAACAACAACAAUAACAACAACAGUGGUGGUAGCAAUAACAACAGUAAUAACAAUAUUGUUGACAAGCGUUUUAAGACUUUGCCAUCAACUGAGAUGCUUCCUAGGAAUGAGAUUCUUGGAGGAUAUAUUUUUGUUUGCAACAAUGAUACCAUGCAAGAAGAUCUAAAGAGGCAGCUGUUUGGUUUGCCUCCAAGGUACCGUGACUCUGUCCGUGCAAUUACUCCAGGAUUACCUCUUUUCCUGUACAACUACACAACUCAUCAGCUUCAUGGAAUUUUCGAUGCUGCAAGUUUUGGGGGUUCUAACAUAGAUCCAACUGCCUGGGAAGAUAAGAAGUGUAAAGGGGAGUCUAGGUUUCCUGCGCAGGUCAGGAUUCGUGUUAGAAAGCUCUGUAAGCCCCUUGAAGAAGAUGCUUUUAGGCCUGUUCUGCAUCAUUAUGAUGGCCCCAAAUUUCGGCUUGAACUCUCAAUUGCAGAGACCUUGGCCUUGUUAGAUUUGUGCGAGAAGGAAGGCAUUUGAUGUUUUUUAGAAUGUUUUAGUUAUUAAAAAAGAAGGAAAAAAAAAAACUUUUGAUUUUCAUGAAUCCAAAUUCAGGUAAAAGCGCAAGCUUUGAAAGCCUUUUGGUUGAUUUGUGAUAUUGUGUGUGGAGGGGCCUUUUGUUCUGGAGUCUGCCUGGGGUAUAUGAAGCGACAAUAAACCUCGAGCUUGACAUCCAAAUACAAUUGCCUUUGGUAAGAUGCGUGUUAAUGUAUCAAAUUGUAUGAAGGAAAAUGAAGAACUUGAUUUGCUGUGUUGGUCAUUAUGCUCUGCAAUAAGACAGUAUUAAACUUCUGAAACUGUUAGUUAAUUGUAAUUUGCUUUUAGCUA